UCAAAGUAUGUUAUUGCAGCCAUGAGUCGCCCUGUUUGCGCUUAACGGAGGUCAUGUGACGUGCGACUGGCUGCGAUGUGAUAACAAACGCACCCCAUUCAGUUCAUUGACAGAAAUGGCUACCGCGGAAGUGGAGCGGAGACGUGGCCAGCUUGCUGCACUGUCCAUAGCGGCAGUGGUCAUCAUCAUAGGAGUCCCUCUGUGGUGGCGAACAACUGAAACAUAUCGUGCAUGGCUGCCUGUCAGUCAGAUAAAAGAGUUGGCCAACCUGCAGCUACAGCUGAGCGCUGAUGUGGAGGUUGUGUUUGCACGUGGAACUGUGACGCCAGAACAGCAGAAGAAGGUCCCACUGACGCAGACGCAGGAUGAGGAACACACAGUCGAUGAGGACACAGCUUUGAGAUACAGGUAUGAGACCAGGUACCGCACAGCUACAAUCAUGGAGGAGGAUGCCCUAAAGCAGCCCUCUGCUGCAGAGGCGGAUCUGUCUCUGCACAUGCUCAGUGAGAGUCCAUGUGGCUCUUUGGUUGUGUAUGUGAUCCCAGAGUCCUCUUCACUUCUGCCUGAGGAUGUGGACGUGUAUAUCGGUCAGCGACGCACAGCUCUGUUGCGUAUUGGUACCCAGAUGAGAGUGGGUAAGACACUAGAGCAAUUGUUGGCUCACUUGGAGCCUCGGAUCAAGCAGGUGCUGCAGGUGAUGUCUUUUGGCCACACCGACAUCAUCGCUGCACUCGGCGACAGAGUUCGCCUCAGCCCUGGCAAAAAAAAAGAAAGCACCGCUAACAGCAUGAGAGCCUUUAAAUCCAGCCCAGGUUAUGAAAUAACUUUCAGUCUGUUGAACCCAGACCCGAAGUCACAUCGGCUACACUGGGACAUAGAGGGAGCUGUGGAGACAUACAUCCAACCACUGAUUACAAAACUGGCCCCUUUGGCUAACUUUAGCAUUGAUUCUCAGACCUUAUACUAUGCCAUGCUCGGUGUCAACCCACGCUUUGACAGCAGCCGCAGCGCCUACACACUCAACUCUGACAGCCUCGCACAUGUCAUCAAUCCUGUGGAAGCCAGACUAGGCUCAAAUGCGGCAUCUUCCAACCCGGUGUUGAAUUUUCUUCUGUAUGUCCCGGAUGCCCACCAUUCACCCCUUCACAUUCAAGACCGCCAGAAAAAGGAAGUGGUUUCUAAUGCGUUUCACUCUCCACGGUGGGGAGGAAUUAUGGUCUAUAAUGUUAAUGAUCUCUAUGGACCAGAGGCUGCGUUCCCUGUUGACAUCAACAUCAACAUGGCCAAAGUCAUGGGAGUCUUCCUCGCACAGCUUCGACUGUUGCUGGGUGUGCAGUCAUCUACGCCUCCCCCUGGCUUCCUGGUGGCACCAUGCAGCAGUGCAGGACUAGCCGAUUGGGAGCUGGACCGUCUCAUGUGGAGUCGUAGUGUGGAAAAUAUUGCAACAGCAACCACCACUAUCACCUCUCUGGCACAGCUGCUGGACCAGAUUGGAAACAUUGUUAUCAAUGAUAAUAUUGCUCAACAGGUGUCCAGUGCCGUCAUGUCUCUGCAGCUGGCUGUGGCUGAGCUGGAGGCCGGGAACCUUGGCUUUGCUCUGCAGUACAGUAAAGAGGCCAUCUCGGCCUCAGAGAGGGCGUUCUUUGACCCUUCACUCCUCCACCUCCUGUACUUCCCCGAUGACCAGAAGUUUGCUAUCUACAUUCCACUCUUCCUGCCCAUGUGUGUGCCUAUUCUGCUGUCACUGCUCAAAAUCAUGUCUGAAGCUAGACAGAGACGCAGGGAAAAGCAAGCCAAGAAGGACUGACAAAACACUUGAAGAGAAGAUAUGCUGAACACAGUCUGAACAAAAGCAUACUAUGAACAAACAGUCAGUGGCCUUCAUAUUUAGGUACGAGGGUAGCCAUGAAAAAAGACUUGAAGCAUUGGGGUGAGAGGUUUAUCAUGCAUGAUUUUUUUUUGUUUGUUUGUUUUGUUUUCUGUUAAUUUUAAGAUGAAUGUGAUGAAUGUCUCUUAUGACACUGUGUACUGGAAAGCCUGAAUUGUUGUAAAUGUGUUUUAUAUUUGAAUUCACUCUCUAUUUUAAGUUAUAAAUAAAAAAGACUAAAUAUGUAA